UAAAAAGUCAAAAUGAAUAGCAACAUUACUUCGCGCUUCGAUAUGGCCGCUGAGAUUGCGACCAUAGCAUUGGACGAAUUCAAAUCGCACCAUGUGCACCGAAACUACACGGGACUGGUACAGCGCUACUAUCACUUGGUUGAGCGAGAUUUCGGUGAUCCCCGUGCCACACGUUUCCCACUCAUGGAGCAUCCCCUUUACACAUUCGGUUUGGUUGCCAUCUACCUCUCUUGGGUCCUUGGGAUUGGCCCAAUGUUUAUGCGCGAUAGAAAACCCUUCCAGCUGCGACGCACUUUAGUCAUCUACAACGCUUUCCAGGUGGCGUUAAGCGGAUACAUGUUUUACGAGCACCUGAUGGCCGGUUGGCUGAAGAACUACAAUUUGAAAUGCGAGCCAGUGGAUUAUUCAGAUGGGCCAAUGUCAAAACGAAUGCUGAAUCUUUGUUACAUUUACUACCUCUCGAAGUUGACCGAAUUUGCUGACACAAUUUUCUUUGUGCUGCGGAAAAAAUCCUCACAAAUAACUUGGCUGCAUGUGUACCAUCAUUCGGUGACACCAUUGGAAACCUGGGUGUUGGUUAAGUUCUUGGCUGGUGGCAAUGCGACGUUCCCCAAUCUGCUCAACAACUUCGUGCAUGUCUGCAUGUAUUUCUAUUACAUGAUGUCUGCCAUGGGACCAGAAUACGCCAAAUAUCUGUGGUGGAAGAAGUAUAUGACUGAACUGCAAAUCGCCCAAUUCGUGCUCUGCAUUGUGCAUACUACCCGCGCCCUCAUCAGCUCCCAAUGCCAAUUCUCGAAAUUCAUCUCAUCCCUGCUGCUGCUGAAUGCCUCUAUUUUCUUCUGCCUCUUCAUGAACUUCUACAUGGCCAGCUACAAAAAACUGCAAGACCAAAAAAUGAACAUUGCCGCCAAGGCGAAUGGUGUGACGUCAGCGCAAAAUAACUGCGCGUUAGCGUCAAAGAAAAUUAUGGAAAUGAAUAACAACACCAUGGAUACAAUGGAUGCGAUUGGCUUGUUGGCGUUGAAGGAGAAACUGAACUAGACGAAAUCGAAAUGGAAGAAAGCACACUUUAAGUUGCAUCAUUGUAUAUAAAUCAACAUACAGACAUGGGUAUAUACAAUAGACUACCGUUGUAUGCAACUGCUUAUUGGCCAUAAGUAGUAGAAAAGUAAAAUUCAAUUUUUUUUCAUACUAUAAAAGCAAAAAAGGGUGAAUCAAAGUACAUAGAAAUGAACGAUAUUAUGCUCGUAAUUAUUAAAAAUGUGUCGCGUCCUUGUGACAGAUCAUUAGGUGGCAAAUAUAAAAUCUAGCAGUGCUAGUUGAACGUCCUUGCUGCGAAAUUCAACUUACUAAACAUUUUUAACUAUAUUU